AUGGCUCUGACCAUGAAGAGCGUGGCGGUGUCCCGGGUUGCCGCCAAGGCGCCCGUCGCCAAGGCCAACAAGAUGAUGGUGUGGCAGCCCGUGAACAACAAGUUCUUCGAGACCUUCUCGUACCUGCCCCCCCUCAACGACAACCAGAUCGCCCGCCAGGUUGACUACAUCAUCAACAACGGCUGGACCCCCUGCCUGGAGUUCGCCGCCCCCGACUCCGCCUACACCUCCAACACCAACGUCGUCCGCAUCCAGAACGGCGCCACCUGCAACUACUACGACAACCGCUACUGGACCAUGUGGAAGCUGCCCAUGUUCGGCUGCACCGACCCCAGCCAGGUCCUGAAGGAGAUCGCCGCCUGCACCAAGGCCUGCCCCGACGCGUACAUCCGCAUGGCCGCGUUCGACGCCUCCCGCCAGGUGCAGGUCACCUCCAUGCUUGUGCACCGCCCGACCACCGCCAAGGACUGGAAGGCCCCCGACAGGCGCCAGCUGGCCUAA